CUUUAGUUGUUAUGUGAAAAAUCUAUAUUAAAUAAAGAUCAAAAUAACAAAAAUACCGAAAUGAAUAAUGAUGAAUGAACUCAAGACCAGUUUCUAUCUAUUCAAAUAUCAAGAAUUAAUGUGAGAAGUUAUAUAAACUAUUUUAUAUAGAAAACUCAAAACUUCAGCAAAAUCAUAUUCUAAAUUACUCUUUAAAAAAACAAAAGCACAUUCGAUAAAAAAAAUAAUAAAAUAAUAAAAAUAAAAAACCAAAAAAAAGUUUAAACCCUCAAGACUAUCACUCUCACCCCACUUGCUGCCACUCUAUUAGGCCUCACCCACCUCCCCCGCCGCCGCCCUUCCCCGCACUACGGAUACCUCACUGGCCGGUGAAAUCACGCAGGUCCCCAAGUUCCUACUUUAAAUUCGUUGUCAUUUCUGUCUGACAUUUGUAUAGACAAUCUGAUUACCCAGAAGAGCAAAUCGUUCAAGUUUGUAGGUUGUAGGUUGUAAGGGACAUGAUCCAUGCUUCUUUUCCUACAGCUUGCAAGGCUUUGAACUUUGGAGCCAGAGCAGUACGAAGGUCAUUGGGUUUUCAAUCAUACUUUGCUCGCAAGGUUUUAGUCAGGCGGAUUCGGAUGGAAGGUAAAAAUCAGAACUGUAGCCUAAGAGGUGGAAAGGAGGAUUCAAGAGGUGCCUUGGUUGUUCUUGAAGGCUUGGAUCGGUGUGGGAAGACAACACAGUCUGCUAGACUAGUCACAAACUUGGAGAGGUUAGGAUAUUCAGCUGAGUUGUGGCGCUUUCCUGACAGAACUACUAGUGUUGGGAAAAUGAUAUCUUCGUAUCUUUCCAACGAAUCACAACUGGACGAUCAUACAAUCCAUCUACUCUUUAGUGCCAAUCGUUGGGAGAAGAGAUCGUUGAUGGAAAGCAAAUUGAAAAGUGGAACCACUCUUGUAGUUGACCGUUAUUCUUAUUCAGGGGUGGCUUUUUCGUCUGCCAAAGGACUUGAUAUCGAAUGGUGUAAGGCUCCGGAGAUUGGGCUAUUGGCUCCAGAUCUUGUAGUGUACCUUGACAUACCCCCUGAAUAUGAAUGUAUAUAUUGUCAGAAAGCUGCCGAAAGAGGAGGCUAUGGAGGUGAGAGAUACGAGCAGCUUGAGUUUCAGAAGAAGGUUGGUCACAACUAUCAGGUCCUCUGCAGUCCCACUUGGAAGAUCAUAGAUGCCUGUUCAUCCAUGGAGGACGUCGAGGAACAGUUGCAAGAGAUGGUACUUGAAUGUAUAAAACCAUGCCGAGAAGGGAAACCCCUCUCAUGUCUCUGGUCUGGUUAAAUUUUCUCUUCUCCGGAAAGGGCGAAGCGCUAGUAUCUUUGGAAGGUCGAAUGCAGAUUCCGGGCACAAUGAGCAGUGAACAAGCUUGCCCUGCUAUCUGUACGAGGAUUUCAUGUCGGAUCAUAGUACUACAUUACUCGUGUUUCAAAAGUAGAUUCGGUGUUUCGUACUCCUUUAACAGCGAAAAGGUCGUAAAAGUAUCAUCGGUUUCAAGGAUGCUGUCCGAUUGUGGUACUCUGACUAUUAACGUAUCAUUACUAUUUGUUGACUGAAAUAGACGAGAUUCCGAAUUUUUUUGAAUGAAUAUGAUUGUAACCUCGGCAUUUCAGCCUGAAUAUAUGAUAUGCAUGACAAUUGACAGGA